AUGGCUGGCAGCAAAGUACAUCUUCCUCGCAAGGCAAAGAAGAAUGCCCAAGUCAAGAAUGCCUGCCAACCUCUCACAGCCGGAAAACACAUGGAAGCUUUGAAAGAAGGACGAGAAAAGGGAUUGGGCAGUGAUUGGCGGGCGGCUUACAAUUCUUCACGAGAUGUUGUUGUCUGGAUUUGCCCAAACACUGGCAAAGCUUAUGAUCGAAUGUCCAAGGCACUCCAUGGGGAAAAAAACAAGGGGUCUUCAGCCUCUGAGCUGUCCAGCAAGAAUGAGGGCAAACGAUUACAAAUGCCUCCCGCUGAGGAUGCUUUCAGGAGUCAUGCCAAGAAUGACAGCCAAAAGGAUGACUCUCUAGUCUCAGAAAAGAAGUCCCAUCCAACGCAACGUCAAUUGAAGAUUGGAGCUACCACAGACUCCAAAAAGGCAAAGUCGACUUUUCGUCUCAAACGACAGCUUGAUGAAGCCUUUGAUAGCAACGACAAGGGAACGACUCGGAAAAAGUCCAAAAGCAGCAGCAUGAAUAAUGAUGAUUCUCCUCUUCGUGUCAGUCCCACCAAGAAGAAGAGAGGUCCUGGUCGUCCACCUAAACUUAAGAAGAAAGGGCGUGGGCGUCCACGAAAAGUUGCAAUCCACGAUCAGGACAGGACGAUUACUGGUGAUUUUGAGACAAAGGAAGCAUCUCUCAGUCCUACUGCCGCUCCAAAGCGAAUGACUGCUCCAGAAGUUGUCGCUGAUGACGACAAGAUGAGUGGUGGUGAUAGCAAGGCAUCACCUUCCAGCCCUUAA